GGAAAUGCAUUCACAAUUUGACCGCGGAAAAAGAAACACGUAUUAACAAUGGCGGCGGGCAGGAGGAGAUUUGUAAAUCAUGGACAUUGAAGUUGCAACGGUACCGACGAUUUGGUUCCGAGGCGCUACGAUAACCAGAAUUUUGAUCUUCGGUCUCGGGCUCGUGUCCCGGCUCAGAUGCAGGGCAGCAGGCCUGUGGUGGAGGUCAUCCGUCUGGGCCUGAUCUCCUACCAGGAGGCUCUGAGGCUGCAGCAGGUUUACAUAAACCGGCACCGGUCCGGACCUGCUCACGCUCUGCUACUGUGUCAGCACCCACCAGUCUAUACCACUGGGAUACGCCACAAACCCUACCCAGCCCCCCUGUUGGACCAACUGCGUCUGCUGGGAGCCGACGUGCACCAAACCACCCGAGGAGGACUCAUCACCUUCCAUGGGCCGGGUCAGCUUGUGUGCUACCCAGUCUUGAACUUGGGCAGCUUCAAGAAGAGCAUUCGUUGGUACGUGGCUGAGCUGGAGAAGACCAUCAUCUCAGUCUGCAUCAGGUUUGGUAUCGAAGCAUCAACAUCUCCUCACACUGGAGUCUGGGUUGGAGACAACAAGAUUUGUGCUAUCGGAAUCCACUGUGGCCGUUACAUCACCUCCCACGGUUUGGCUCUGAACUGCAACACUGACCUAUCGUGGUUCAGCCACAUUGUUCCGUGUGGCAUUGAAGGGAAAGGAGUGACAUCGCUGAGCUCUGAGCUGCACAGAGAUGUCAGUGUGGAGGAAGCUGUGCCGUACCUGCUGGACGCCUUCAAAGACCAGUUCCACUGUCGUCUGUCUGAGCCUGCAGAGGACUAUGAGCGAUGAACCUGACCUGCAGACUUUAUAAUGACUUUGUUGUCCACAAUGACCUCCUUAGAGAUCAGUCUAUCUAAAAGAUCAAGCAUAACGUUGUAUAAACUCUGAUGAAUUUGACCACAUACCAGACUUACCUUCACUGACUGAUUUACCAAAUGUGCAUUAGAAAUGUUUAAAGUGAAACUGAAGUGUGAGGUCUGGUCUGUGGUGAACAUCCAGCUCCUCUGAUCCAAGUCAAUACAGCUGAAAUGACUGCCAGACAACUCUUGUUUGUUCUACUACUCUCAUUCUGUUCAGAGGAACCUUUGGGAUAAGGCCCAUCAAUGUGUUUCUGGGUGUGUUUACAACAAAACAUUACAAGUGAAAAAAUAAAACUAUUAUGUAAG